AUGCCCAUCUUUGAGGGAGAUGAUGCACACGGAUGGAUCUAUAAGGUGGAGAGGCAUUUUGCCGCCAAAGGUUUGACGAAGGAUGAGAGGCUAACGGCAGCGGGCCUAUGUUUGGAAAGGAAGGGGAUGAGACUUUUACAAUCAAUUUUUCGUCCUGACACAAAAGGCUUAGUGGUUGAGUACUUGGAUAGGUUCAAGUACUUCACUAGUCGUUUGGACCACCUUUCUCAGACAGUGUUAGAGAGGAACUUCAUGAAGGGACUCAAACCAGAGAUUCGGGUGACGAUUAAAUGUAGGUUUCAGUUCGAAUCCAUAUCUGCAAUUCCUACAGAAUCAAAAUUCUUCAUCGAAAGAUACCGAGAUGUCAAAAAAGUCAUUGUAGAUACUUUCUUUGGCCCUCCAACUUCGGGUGUAUAUAGCCCAUCGGUCCAAAAUACUCUGUAUCUCAUGGCAGUAGCUGUUCUUAACAGGUUUCCAGAUAUAGCAUCUAUUCAACUGAGAAUGCCAAACAUCCAUUUCUUGCCAGUCAACUUAUCUAGCAAAGACAAUCCAAACUUGGUCAAGUUUGCUGAUGAUGUGUAUUUGCCAACUGAUGAGCCUCAUGGAACAAUUGAAGCAACAUUGAGCAGGCCUCCUCUCUCCAAGCUGUGACCAUGGCUUGUUCUCUUCUCCCUAAUCUUGGC